CACAUGGGACUUUAAGGAAAGCCAAGGGCCAUGGUUAGUUUAAUAUAAAAGGGUUGUCUGUCCCGAACAUUGCAUCAAAUUCGUCAACUCUUCCAACAAGAAAGGUUUAAACCAACUCUCCUCCUAAGGAUCUAUCCUCCUAAAGACAGAGAUCACAAUGGUCAGUUGUAAAUUUCUGUGCAUGGCCGUCGCCAUCGUCUUAGUUGGAGCCAGCAUCUUCCCACCUGAGGUCUUAGCAGGAGGAGGAAUUCGGUACAAAAAGCUCUUGGCUGCCUACUUGAUUGCUAAAGCUAUCAAGCCUAGGUUCGUGCCCAUUCCUUUGCCUUUGCCCUUCCCCAUCAAGCUCGGAAAAGACAGCCACGUCAAAUACCCUGUCCACAGCCACAGCCAGUCCGCCCACACCCAGCUCGUCCAUGACCCAUGGCAAGGAGGUUUCGGAGGUGGAGCCAUCGGCGGCCAUGGAGGUGGAGAAGGAUACUGGUAACAUCCUCAUUCUAGACUUAGGUUGCUAUCAAUGAAAGAGGAGAAACGCUGUUCAAGCAAUCCCUUUCACAAGCGCACUGUAAAUAUGUUUUCCAAUUUGUUACUGUGUACCUCAUGUUUAUUUCCACGAAGGCGUCUUCCAGUCAUCACACGCUAAUCCCUUGUACAUAUCUCUUGUUAUUAUAUAUUGAUCAAUAAAGACCCGAUUUAUUUUUUAAA